AUGGUAUGCUUGGGCAUACUCGCCGCAGCCGGAUUAGGUGCCGUAGGAUUCAUCACUUAUUUCCAUCAUGGGGAGCAUCAUCUCCAUGGUACUAUGGAGUCUUGUAGAUUGAAACCAGAAUCGCAAAUCAUUGCAUCGUCCCUACUCAGUCCAUGCAAGGGUAGGGAACUAACGCCAGCUAAGAAGCGAGUGCUACACGAAGACGCACAGUUACUUGUAGUGGCUAGAAGUGAUACCACCUCCAUAGUAUAUGCCCUUUACAAACUCGCACUCCACCCUCAAAAAACUAUAAAGGAACUCCGCGAGGCAAUUUCCGCAUCCCUACCAGAGGGUGAGACAGAAAUCAGAACUCAGCACAUCCAAGACCUAAAUAUCCUGAACGGUAUUAUCAAUGAGACUCUCCGCCUCUACCCACCUAUACCUACUGCAUUAUGGCGAUUAACACCCGCUGAGGGGGUGUGGAUAGACGAGGAGACGUACAUUCCAGGGAAUGUCGUAGUCUCAACGCCUCAUUAUGUUCUGGGACGAAGCGAAGAUCUGUACGAAAGGCCCGACGACUUCAUCCCGGAGCGAUGGUACUCCAAGCGCGAAAUGAUCAAAUAUGAAGAUUCCUGUGUCGGUAGGCCCUUGGCUAUGCUCAAUCUACGCAUGACACUAGCCAAACUCAUUCAUACAUACGAUAUCUCACUUCCAAGCUCGAUGACAACGGAAGAAGUGCAAGCCGCAAUGAAGGGGAACAUGAAGGAUAAUUUUGCUCUUAUGCCGGGCCAGUUGAAUUUGAUAUUCAAGAGGAGAGAACAGUAA